CGCUGGGGCACGAGCAGUGAAGUUCGCUAGAUUCGAGCUGGCAAGCGAAAUAAGAGUGCGAGAGAUCUGUGGGGUAGGGUAAGGUGGAUAAAUUAUGCUGGCAUGUGACAGAAAACGGAAACAAGUCAUUGCUUAAUCAAAUCUAGUGGCAUUUCGGGUUCUCAGCCUAAACGUUUGUUGUAAGGAACUCUAAUUUCAUGUUUCGCCAAUCGAAUCAUUUGCAACAGAUAUCAAACUUUCGCCACGCUGAGGCAUGUUUUCCGUUUAUAGCCCGUUACAAAAUGUCUUAGUCUUUGAUCUAAACUAAGGGAAGAUUCCUUUGAAACGCUCCCAGAAUUUCUUCUGCUCCAGCUCCACACAUAAUAAUUAAAAUAUUAUAAUCCUAGACAAUUAUCACUCUAACCAAUUGUAAUUAUUUUUCGUUGAACUCUUCCAUUACUUGUGGGUAGAAAAACUGUCAUCCUCCAUGGAAGAGAUCAGCUGGUCUGCGCUUUCCUUUGUGUUGGUGAAGCAAAGUGUUACUCGUUCAACAUAGCCUCUCUCCAUGUGAAAGUACUCCUUACAAGGAAGGUGCUCUCUGUGUUCCUGAAUAUGAAUAGAACUCCUAUCACCGUGACAGUAAGCCUGGAUUCUGUGGAACUUACGGUUCUUAACCUCCACACAGAUCACGGACACCUUAAGAUCGCUUCGAUGGCUAGAUGUUAAACAAAGACCAAUUGUAAAUGGUGUGAAUCUUGGUUUUGUGCUUAGCUUUGGGGUCCUUUUCCCAGAGCUGAUGGAAUACUUUGGAGAGACCAGGGAAAGAACAGCUUUAGUCGGCUCAAUUGCAGUGGGAAUGGUUUGGCUUGCAAGUCCGCUGGUCGGUUAUUUCUGUGAUCGCUUUGGUUGUCGGGUCACGUGUUUCGUAGGAGGCACGCUAUGCAUGGCUGGCCUUGUGUCGACGUCAUUUGUUCCAAACCUCACUUGGAUGUACUGUACGUAUAGCGCAGUGUAUGGUUUGGGAACAUGCUUCAUCUACAACCCUUGCUUUCUUAUAAUUGCCAAGUACUUCAUGGAGAAGCUAUCCAUUGCAACUGGGAUUGUUUCGCUGGGUUCGAGUCUGGGUUACCUGUGCACUGGACCUUUGCUACAAGCACUAUUGGACGCAUAUGGAUGGAGGGACACUUUCAGAAUAAUGGUGGCGACAUUCGCUCUUGUUUGCAUCUUGAGUUUGACAUUUAACCCCAACGUACAAGGCAUAACAGUAGUAGAAACAUUUACCCCUGAAAAGGAUAACAAUCGAGCUCAAACAGUAAAGAGGAACGCACUCUUUUUUUAUUGCAGCGUGUGGGUCUUUCCUGCUUACACUGUGUUCGUUGUUUCACUCGUACUUGCCAGUUUUUCGAUGUAUAUUCCCUUCAUCAAUCUGGUCAAGUUUAGCGAAGAUGUCGGAAUAUCUCCACAAAAAGCCUCCCGACUGUCCAUCUUCAUCGGCCUUGCUUCAGCCGUUGGACGAAUCACAACAGGGAGAUUGUGCAAUGAUAAAAGAGUAAAUCCAGUUUACAUUUAUCAAGCGUGUUUGGUUACCGCUGCUCUUGCCACAUCGAUACUGCCAAUGGCAAAGGAAUACUGGCAAAUUAUAAUUUUCAGCGCAACUUUUGGAUUAAGUGAAGGUGUAUUCAUAACAACCCAGAAUUUCAUUUUAUUGACCUGUGUGGACAAAAAACGAAGGACUGCAGCUUUCUGUAUCAACAACCUGCUAUAUGCCUUUACUGCAGCAGCCGGCGGACCCGUUGCCGCCCUGAUGGCUGACAAGACAGGGGACUAUACCUAUUCAUUCUACAUGACCGGAGGAGUGUUAAUAACUGCAGCCUUGAUACCAUUGAUUUUGAUUUGCGUAAACCGUGGGAAGUCGAAGGUCGUCCCCGAGGAAUCAGAAAUAGAAGAGAAGAAAGACAACUUUGAAAGAGUGUCCAUAGCAAUUCAAACUCUCGAUGAAACGGAAGUAUUGGGAAAAGAACUGCGCACAGAGUCCUUGUCAAGAAAGCGCGCUGCAAGCGCAUUUCUCUGAAAGACGUAAAAUAUAAUAAAAACGUUUGUUCUUUUCUGGUUAAGCUUCCAAGAAGCUACGGCCCUCAAUCCGUCUAAGAGGUUGCCGAAUUGUUGUGUUUCGAGUUUUUGACACGCCUUACUGUUCUUCUUUCCUCAAAUGAUAAGUUUUUCUGUUACACAGCACAGUAUCAAAAUUUAGAAGUAAAUUUCUUGCGAUUUUCAAGAAUAUGGCCAAUGAUAAAUAGUAUGCUACAUCGAUGUCCAAUAAAACUCGUUCAAUGCCAAAGA